AUGGAAAACCUUAAGAAAAACUCUGUUACAGUCAUAGUUAAUCACAUUUUCUUCAUAAUAUUUGUUAUUAACAGCAUAUCAUGUCCUCUAAGAGUAGUAGAAUCCUGUGAUCCCAUAGAUGAAGAGGCAUUGCUUCAUUUCAAACGUGGGGUCAAUUAUGAUUUCCCACCUUUUCGUAAACUAGAUACUUGGGUUCCUAACACCGAUUGUUGUGUAGAGUGGCAAGGUGUGAGCUGUGAUCCAGCGAAUGGAAGGGUAGUCCAAGUCUACCUAUUUAGCUUUCGCGAUGAAGGUGGUGUUGAUCGCAACUUCGGCGUAGAAGGUACACUCUCCCCUUUCCUCGGCAAUCUUACCUAUCUUCAAUACCUUGGCUUUAAAGACCAAGUAGGGUUAAGUGGUCCUAUCCCUCCCGAACUAGGGAAGUUGUCACAUUUAGUUGGUCUUGGGCUAACCAAUAACCAACUAAAUGGUUCAAUCCCUUCUUCACUUGGUAACCUUCAUAAGCUACAAUACCUCAGCCUAGGCAACAAUAGCCUCUCAGGUGCCAUACCCAACUCUCUCUUUCGCUCCUUGAAGUCACUCUUGACUUUGGAAUUGGAGGGAAACCAGUUUACAGGUUCAAUACCAUCUUCGAUUUCUAAUCUGAUUUCGCUUGAAAAGAUUUAUCUUACAAGAAAUAAUCUCUCUGGCUCGAUCCCACUCGGUAUUACUACACUUAAAAACCUUACCUACAUAGAUUUAUCAUACAAUCAUAUAACCGGAAACAUAUCAGAUUCCAUAGGUAAUAACCUCUCAAAAUUACAAGCAUUAUUUCUCAACUAUAACAAACUCAUUGGAACCAUACCGAGUUCUGUAGUUAAACUCUCUCAGCUGCAGGAAUUACAUCUUGACCAUAACAAAAUUACUGGAGUCAUACUAAGAUCUGUAGGUAAACUCUCCCAAUUGCGAAACCUAUACCUUGACCAUAAUAGACUCACCGGACCUAUUCCUUCUUCCAUAUUUAACCUUUUUUCAUUGGAGGUUUUAAAUUUCGGUAACAAUAAAUUGACCGGUAUGUUACCUUAUUCCAUAGGCAAUCUCACCAAGAUUCAAAGAAUAGUGUUAGAGAACAAUAAGAUCACAGGAAAGUUGCCACCAACUAUUGGCUAUCUAACUGCAUUGUAUGAUAUCUUGCUCUCUAAUAACCGGUUUUUUGGUCGUAUACCUCCAAGUUUUGACAAUCUCAGACUCAAUUCUUUGCAACUGUCUAACAAUCAUCUCGUUGGCCCUCUACCUCCUCAGCUUGCUAACACAACAUUUUUUAACUCAGACAGCAACCUCGAUUUAUCGUAUAAUCCACUGGGGUUAAAGAACAUACCAGAUUGGUUGUUUCAUUAUUACGAGUUGAAAAAUAUUAAUUUAGCUGGGGCAGGGAUCAAAGGGGAGUUGCCACAAUCAAUGUCUUCCUCUGGAUCCAUCGUUCACCUCGAUUUAUCGAGUAAUGAAAUCACAGGGAAGUUGCCAUCAUGGAUAGGGAAUAUAUAUUUUCUAGUCCCUUAA